CACUUUUUCCAGUGGCAGAGAUUAGUGUGUUCUGUGGCAAAGAUACAUGUUUAUGAUCGGUGGUCAGUGGAUAGAACCAUCCUGUAGAACAAUCAUAACAAAAAGAAUAAAAAAUAAAAGUUAGAAAAAGAUAUAUUCACCUACCUUAUCUAGUGGUUAAAUAUUUAAAAUUAUGCUAUUGAUAAAAAGGAGAUUUAUACGAAGUUUGAUUAUCUCUUAAAUAUUUCGACAUUGUAUUGGUAUAUUUAAUUUUCUCGAAAUUUUUGAAAACAGUUUUCAAUAAUGACUGAAUCAUUCAGGAGUCAUAGUAAUGAUGAAGUUGUUGAGUCAAUAGCAACUUUUACUGGUGGAUUACUUCUACCUCUAUUACCAGUGAUUUUUGCUUUAUUGGCUUAUUUUGAUGUAAUAACAUUUGGUGUAUUUAAAGUCAGCUUGUCGAUUUUCUUCUUUCUUUUUGUAAUUUUUCCUAUUAUAUACAAAUAUUCUUAUACUUUACAAAGAUAUGCAGUAUUCCUAACAUUUGUUCAUGUACCAUUAAAUGCUGAUUAUAAGAAUCCACAAAAUUAUGGUUUAAAGAAUUCUAGAAAUUUUUAUAUUAGUACAGAUGAUGGUGUGGAUCUUGGGGUUUGGCAGAUAUUACCAGAGAAUGCGUCGCAAAUAAAUGAUGAUAAUGAUGAACUUUCCUUUCAAAAGGUUAUAAAUAACGGACAGGAUAUUAUCAUUUAUAGUCACGGUAAUGGCGGUACUCGACUAAGUAGCCAUAGAAUUGAAAUGUAUCAAGUUUUGAGAAAGUAUUUUCAUGUAUUUGCACUUGAUUAUAGAGGAUAUGGCGAUUCUACAAGAGCAUCACCGAGCGAAUCAGCUGUGGUCAAUGACGUGCUAACUGUUUAUCAAUGGAUACGGAAUCGAACAAAAAGCAAUAUUUUUAUAUGGGGCCAUUCGUUAGGAACCAGUAUUUCUAGUCAUGUUGUAUUAAAGAUUCAAAAUUUAUCCAUUGAGAGGCCAUUAGGACUAAUUCUAGAAUCUCCAUUUAAUAAUAUGAGAGAUGAAGUAGGCGAGUUUCCUUUAGCUCAGCUAUUUAAACAUUUACCUUGGUUUGGCGCAACUGUCGUUGGUCCAAUGGCGGAAAACUUUCCAUUUACUACUGAUAAGUACAUUUGUGGGAUCAAUAUUCCAAUUAUGAUUCUCCACGCUGAAGACGAUAAAGUUGUACCUUUUAAAUUAGGUCAUAAGCUAUAUAAAUCUGCCAAAGAAUGUAGACUUGAUCAUCAGGGAGAUAUUCUUUUCCAUUCUUUCGAUGGGAAGUAUCAGUUCGGACAUAAAUAUAUAUGCCGGGCUACUGAUUUGCCUGAUAAAAUAAGUGAUUUCGUCAAUUAUGCAUAUGAGACUAAAAACAAGAACAAAUUGCAGUAUUAAUAGCAAUUUAUUUUAACUACGUGCCUACAGUACAGCAUUCUAAUUAAAGAAACGUUGAAUUUAAUAAGUAUAGCAUGGUAAUACAACUGUGAUUAUUUUUGUAGGUUGUAGUAUUAUAAUUAAUUAUAUUGUAGAAUUUACCAAUUAUUUAGGGAUCGCAGUGAUAUUAUAUUGCUUAUUUUAAAUUAGGUACAUUAUUUCUUUUACAUUUAUUAUUUAUAUUAAAUUUACAAAGAUCUAUACAUAUUCUGAUAAGACAAGUAAUCUUUUAAUAAAUAAGAAUUUUUCUUUGUUUUUUAUUUCAACUUCGUAGCAUUUCACAAAUGUUACAUUUGCAAGAAUAGAUG